GAAAUAUUCUUUCAUCUCACUGGAGUUAAAACAGACAGGUUUCUCAGGCUGCAUGUGCUUGCUCUCUCUCUCUCUCUCUCUCUCUCUCUCUCGUGAUUUCCUACAAAAUCUCUUCCUCCUCCUGUCCGAUUCUUAACUUUCUUCUCACAAAAACAGAGAGUCUCAAACACGGAGAGACAUCCAAGAAAAAAACCCAAAAACAUCAGCCUGCCAGAAUUUAGAUUGAAGUUCUUGAAAUAUAUAUUAUGUCAGCUCCACAAGCACCAAAAAGGUCAGAUUCUCUCGCAAACUGGUUCUUUACCUAUACGAAGCUAAGGUUCCUUACUCGCAUGCGAAGGUUGCUUUGCUUAAACGCUGUCAGACGACAACAACCACCGCCGGAGAAAGCUGUGGAUAUAGAUACGGGUACAGAUAAACAAGCAAAGAAAGCAGAGGACGUGUACAUGGCAGGAAAAUUGGAGGGUCCUGAUGGUUGGAUGGUGGCUUUGCAAAGGUCAGUGAAGAGGCUCCACUUCGGGAAUUGGGAAGAGAAAGAGGUGGCGGCAGAGGAGAUAAAGAAGCUGGCCGAACAAGACUUGAAGCGGCGGAAAACUAUAGCGGAGCUCGGUGUCAUCCCCCCGCUGGUUGCCAUGGUUGGCUCGGAAGUGGUGGCGCGGCAAAGAUUGGCCGUUCGAGCGUUGAUUGAGCUCGCGAAUGGCUCUCUCACGAACAAGGCGCUAAUGAUGGAAGCAGGACUCAUAUCAAAACUACCCGGAAACGUCGCGGUCCUGGAGGAAACAGCUAGGAAAGAAUUUGCACAGCUUCUCUUGUCUGUGUCAGCCCUGGCCAACACUCCAUUCUCCCACACCUCAGCAAGAAUUAUUCCCACUGUAGUCUCCAUUCUUGAAUCAAGCUCAAACACUAUUGAGACCGAAGAAUUAUGUUUAAGCACGUUGUGUAAUCUCUCUUCAGUUCUAGACAACUGCAGAACUUUGAUUGGUACUGGGGUUGUCAACACCCUCACAAGGUUGGCCUCAGUGAAAGAAGUAUCAGAAAAAUCCUUGGCAACGUUGGGGAACUUGGUUGUAACCUCAGCAGGACGGAAAGCGUUGGAGCAUAAUCCAAAUGUUCCCGAGGGCUUGAUAGAGAUCAUGACAUGGGAAGAGAAGCCCAAAUGCCAAGAAUUAUCUGCCUACAUUCUGAUGGUUUUAGCUCAUCAGAGCUCAUUGCAAAGGCAGAAAAUGGCUAAGGCUGGAAUAGUUCAAGUGCUUCUUGAAUUAGCAUUGUUGGGCAGUCCGUUGGCGCAGAAAAGAGCUGCAAAAAUACUGCAGUGGUUUAAGGACGAAAGACAGAUGAAAAUGGGGCCUCAUUCGGGUCCCCAGAUGGGUAGGGUGUCCAUCGGUUCACCCGUGAAUGAGAGGGAUGUCGAUGAAGGAAAGAAAUUGCUGAAGAAAAUUCUGCAACAAAGUUUGUACAAGAAUAUGGAAACGAUCACUCGUCGAGCCAAUGGUGAUGGGGAUUCUUCAAAGCUGAAGGCUUUGGUCAUGAGUUCGAGUUCUAAGAGCUUGCCUUACUAGAGAGAUU